GAGCUGGAAUAUGAUGCAAUUUUAGAACAAGAAGCUAGAAUCAAGAGAUUUCACGUCCAGGAUAAAGUCUCCUACCAAGCACGAGGCUUCAUGAACAAGGAAAUGGGAGCACCCUCGGAUCACGUAAGGAAGGUCAUCCGACGAUUCGACAGACCCGAGGUUUACAUAAGGUUCCUCGUUGGAUGCUGCCUUCUUCAUGGUGCUGGAGGGCUCGGAAGGGUACGACGUGUGUGGUUGCAGCCAGAGUUUCCUUCAAAAUGCAGUAUAAAAAGAAUAGAGCGGCUUGAUGAUGAGAAUCAGGUUCUCAGCUCUCAAAUUCUUGGGGGUGAACACCGACUCAGAAACGAUUGGAUCGAUUGGAUCGCUGGGCUCGCUGGUAAUUACUGUAAUUCAUAUACUGUAGAUGUGCCCGAAGGAUGUACGGAACAUCAGACCAACGCUCUAAUUCGAACUCAUUUGAUUUCUAUGGAAAGGAUCAGUAAGUUCCAACAGAGAUCACCAUCUCAAAUUGCAGCCUUUACAUCCGAUUCCAUGAACUGAACAAUCUAUUCGAAGAGUUCAGUGGUAAGAGUUCGUCCACCAUUCUCCUGGAACUAUUUGUACU